AUUCAUAAGAUUUUGACCCGCGACGGAGACGGAGCCGCGAGGGAUCCCGGCGGCGCUGGACUCCGCUUUUCGCUCGCGUCCCCGUGGCCGCCACGAUCUGAGCCGAGGCGCCGGGCUUUGCGGGCGCUGCAGGAACCGGAGGCAGGAGCGCUCCUCCCGGGAACCGGCGGACUCGAGCGGACGCUGCCACCGGCGCUGCCCCGCCGCUGCAACACGUGGAUCUAGGACCGGGCGAGCCCCCCGCCGCUGAGGACGCCGCCUGCCCCGCGGGCACUGACGGCCGCCGGGGGAGGAAGGAGAAGCACAGCCAGCCGCUUCCGCUCGGAGGCAACUUCGCCGGACCGACCUCGCGGCGGCGGCGGGGCGACACUCUCGGCCGGCCGUUUGCUCGCCGGCUGGCCCGGUCGCCCCUCAUCUUGGCUUCCAGACGACCCCCGCGCGGCCGCGGCUUCCCGCCUGCGCCCCCGGGGGAAAUGUAUCAGGGCUUCCCCGGAGACUACGACUCCACCUCCCGGUGCAGCUCGUCCCCCUCGGCCGAGUCCCAUGACCUCUCCUCGGUGGACUCCUUCGGGAGCCCGACGGUCCCCGCCGCCGCCUCCUCGCAGGAGUGCAGCGGCCUUGGGGAAAUGCCCGGAUCUUUUGUGCCAACAGUGACUGCUAUAUCCACAAGCCAAGACCUCCAGUGGCUGGUGCAGCCUACCUUGAUUUCCUCAAUGGCCCAGUCUCAGCAGCAGCAGCAGCAGCAGCAGCCGCCGCCGCCGCCGCAGCCUUCGGGGCAACCUCCACCCACAGUGGACCCCUAUGACCUGCCCGGCCCCAGUUACGCUGCCCCGGGAAUGGGCACCUAUGGGGCUGGCCCUUCGACCGCCCCCAUGGCUGCGGCCACCCCACCUCGGUCCAGCAGGGCCCGGCCCCGAAGGACACGGGAAGAAACGCUGACCCCUGAGGAGGAAGAGAAGCGCCGGGUCCGCAGGGAGAGGAACAAGCUGGCGGCCGCCAAGUGCCGGAAUCGACGACGAGAACUGACCGACCGGCUCCAAGCGGAGACGGACCAGCUGGAGGAAGAGAAAGCCGAGCUGGAGUCGGAGAUCGCGGAGCUGCAGAAGGAGCGGCAGCGUCUGGAAUUCGUCCUCGUGGCUCACAAGGGCAGCUGCAAAAUCCCCUACCAGGACAUCACGGAACUGAGUGGGCAGCCCGGCCCCUCGGCAGAGGUCAGCGCCCUGGCCAUGCCGGUCAAGGAGGACCCCUUUGGGCCCUCGGUCCCCUACUCCUCGGUGCCUCUGCACUACCAGCAGGUCCUGGGCGGACUCCCAGCCGCAGCCCCGGCCCCGGCGGAGGUAGCGUUUUCUAGUUCUUACUUUAGCCAUGCUGAAGAGCUGACUGAGCCGUACCCAGUUAACCCUUCCUAUACAUCUUCGUUUGUGUUCACCUACCCAGAGGGAGCCACCUGCGGAGCCAUCCACCAGCGGAACGGCAGCAGCGACCACUCCCCGGACUCUCUGAACUCCCCCUCGCUCCUUGCUUUGUGACAUUCAAACCCACAACUUGCGCCUUUGGGUCUAGCCUGCCCGCCCACCCACCCCUGCCAUUGCCGGGCUGGGCAAAAAGGGCCAGAACCCCAAUGCGCCUGGGCGCACCGCCUGGGAGCCUCUAACCCGCUCUGCUGCAGCCGAGGCCUCUAACCCUUGCGAUGCGCUCAUUCCCUCCUUGGGGGUGCAGCACACGGUGGAGCCGAUGGUUGUCCUUUGGCCCCCUCCUUGGCCGAUGCCCACAUCGAGAGGAGAAAGGAGGACGUUGCUGGGUCCCUCUCCUCGGAGGGCGCCCAGCCCAUCUUUUCCCCUGGAAACAGGAUUUGCCUUCUACUGAAUUGGCACACUUGGUGGAUCUGGACAAUGCCGUUUCUCUCUACGCUUCACCACUGUUGCUGUCAAAGGGGGCCGUGCCAGGGGGCUGCCCUGCGGAGAGGAAAACUUAAGGGGGAAGACCCCCCCCUGUGCUGCCCCCACCCAGCUCCCGUCUUGUGGUGGCUUUGUGAACUGUGUUAGCUGCAUGGUUUUAAAACUGGCACUUUACCGCUUUCGCAAGUCAACUUCGCAUCCUGAGUGUUGGAUCACCCGGGCUCUCUUUCUACAGGAUCUGCUUCCUCUAGGAUGAAAAAGCCGCAUUAAGUGGCCGGUCAGGGCAGACUUUGUGUGGAUUACUUGGGCACAUUCCUGCUGAAAGCUUUUGUCAUAUUAAAGUGGGCCAAAAUGCUGCAGCCUUGCUUCUUAAUCGUCUGUGGACUUCUGCAAAUUGUAAGACUGAUUUUGGGUAUUGGAUUCUCCGAGGUCCGGGCGAUAUUUCUUUGGUGGGCAUUCGACUCUCCCUGAAACCUUCAGCCAAGCAAAUUAAUUGUGCCAUCAAGUCAGGGUCGACUUUCAAAGAUUUAUUCCGGUUUCCAGUUUUGGAAAUGGGAUUGAUGAGCGAUACAGAAACACUUUUAUCUGGGAGGAAAUGGUAAAAUCUGAAACUUUCGAGAAGCCAAAGGAAAGUGGGGCCUGCAAAAAAACCCAGACCAGCUGAGAUUUUUCUUGCAGUGUUGUGGUAGUUGGGCUGGCCUCUCCUUGCCAGGCCCAGGCGGUGCUUUCAGUGAGUCCAUCCACCCGGUGGGCUUGACCAGUGGACUCUCUGCAUUCCCUAGAAGGGAUCCACUUCCUUUGGCCACCUCCCUCCCUCCGUUUCUUUGAAGGGUCCUGGUCUCUGGAGGGGCUGGGUGGAGGUCAGGGCUGGGUGACAAAUACUGUGAAGGGACCUCUGGGAGUGACCGCUUUCCCUGCAGUUGGGAACUGGGUUUAUGUUUCCUGACCUUGGCCAGUUGCACCUCGAACUCACUGCAUUACCCCACUUAGGAUGGUCAGCUGCAGCCGGUCUGCUCUCAGGCCAGGCUUCUGGGUCUGUCUCUGCUGCUUUAGACUGGUAGUGUGGAGUGUGACCCCUUCAGCGGCUCACUGCCUCCCCCUCCCCUGCCUUGGUCUAAUCACACUGCUGCUUUUCCAGGCCUGUGGCAUGUAGGCUGCUUCUCCUGGCCGGGGGGGCUCUUGGGCCCCCCACCCUCUAGCUGUGCCAAGUGCGCUUUCUUUGAGAGCGGCCCCCGAGCCCCCCCCAGGGCCACUUUCCCUUUUGUGCUGGGGGCCCUCGGCUGCUCUGCAUUUGUGGGGUGCCUUGUGCCCCCUGCUCCCUCCCGUGCCUCUGCUUAAGCCGCCUGGAGUGCGUUUCUGGGCUGAGAAAGCUGCUGUGCUGCUUCUCGGCUCCUUAGAGCUCGCCAAGAUGCUAUACUGAAUGUUUCCAAAACUUCUUGUGAC